AUGGAUCAAAACAGCAAAGGAUGUAUGAAAAAGCUUAGCAGUGUGAAUCUUGACAAACUUAUAAAUGACUUCUCACAGAUAGAAAAGAAAAUGAUAGAAACCAGUGGAAAGAACAAUAUACUGGAUAUCCAGUUGGAAAAGACUAACUGUUUAUUAAAAGUAAUGCAAACAAAUGAGGUCUCAAUUAAAGAAGAAUGUGCUACUCUUCAUGAUAUGAUAAAAGGGCUACAGCAGACCAUUGAAUAUCAACACAAUUUGAAAGGUGAAAAUGAACAAUUAAAAAGAAAUGCUGAUCUUAUAAAAGAGAAGUUAAAAUCUAAUGAACAAGAGUAUAAGAAUAAGAUUGCCAAACUUGUAACUGAAAUGAAAAUCAAAGAGGAAGGACAUAAGAUAGAAAUAAGCAAACUUUAUCAGGACAUGAAGAAAAAAGUUGAAUUAAAUGAAGAAAAGCACAAAGAACUAAUAGAGAAAAAGGAGAUGGAAAUUUCAGAAUUAAAUGCCAAGUUAAGAAAUCAAGAAAAGGAAAAACAAAAUGAAAUAAUCAAACUACAGCUAGAGUUUGAUGCCAAACUAGCAAGAGUUCAAACUAAGUCAAAGCCAUAUGCGGAUUCAUCUGUUUUGACGCAAAGUAUCUACAGAAGGAAGCUUCAACAUGUUCAAGAAGAAAAAAACAAGGAGAUUGCAAUUCUUCGUAAUACCAUUUGUGAUUUGGAGCAACGCCUUUCUGUUGGCAAAGAUUCUCACCUUAAGCGUAGAUGGUUUUGA